AGAAGAAGAAGCUAGCAUCACAACAACUCUGCUAGUACCGUUAGCUCUAAGGAAAGCGAAGUUUGUUUUUUCUUCUGAUUUGGGACAUAUUAACAGGUACGCUGGAAUUUUCUGAUACCCACUCGGACAUGUCCUAUGUCUUCAUCAACGAUUCGUCGCAGACCAACGUGCCUCUGUUGCAGGCCUGCAUCGAUGGAGACCUGCCGUUCGCCAAGAGGCUCCUCGAGACGGGAUGCGACCCCAACAUCCGUGACAACCGGGGCCGCACCGGGCUGCACCUAGCCGCCGCCAGAGGGAACGUGGACAUAUGCCGCCUCCUCCACAAGUUCGGGGCCGAUCUGUUGGCGACAGAUUAUCAAGGCAACACAGCGCUGCAUCUUUGUGGCCAUGUGGAUACUAUACAGUUCCUGGUUUCCAAUGGACUGAAGAUUGAUAUCUGCAACCACAACGGAUCGACCCCGCUGGUGCUGGCCAAGAGACGCGGCGUCAACAAGGACGCCAUACGUCUGCUGGAGGGGCUGGAGGAGCAGGAGGUGAAAGGCUUCAACAGAGGCCCCCACUCUAAACUGGAGACCAUGCAGAUGGCCGACAGCGAGAGCGCCAUGGAGAGUCACUCUCUACUCAACCCCAACCUGCAGAGCAGUGAGGGCGUCCUGUCCAGCUUCAGAACCACCUGGCAGGAGUUUGUGGAGGAUCUGGGCUUCUGGAGGGUCCUGCUGCUGCUCGUGGUCAUUGCUCUCCUCUCCCUGGGGAUCGCCUACUACGUCAGCGGGGUCCUGCCUUUCUCCACCAGCCAGCUGGAGCUGGUGCACUGAGGAGGAAGAAGAAGCAUGGGGUAGUAAAAUAAACAAGUUGUGCUUACUUACAGCUGUGUUUCUACCAGAACAGAAGUCCAGAUUUUUGUUGAUUUGCAGCCCAGAUCUUGUCUUUUUUUUUCUUGGUUGUCUAGACAGAGAAACGUCAUAUUGUAUUGUUAGUGAAAGCAAACAAUCCAGAAGAACAAAACUCACUUUCUCAAUUAGAAAAAUCGUUUCACCAGGAAGAGCCCGGCAGAGUCUUCCUCUGAUCCACUGGCUCGCACUAAGAACAUGUUGCUCUUAUUCCGCAUUGUGUCCCCUUGAAAGCGAGAUGAAGGUUAAAGCUGCUUCUGAAAAUGUGUCGACACAAUGACUCAGAGUGAGAAAACACGGCACUCUUGUUCUGUUUAAUGCAAUUACACGAUGUCAUUUCCUUCACGCUACGUGUUCUGUUACAAGCUGUACAUUGCCAAUGUUUUUGUAUCCUUUAUUUUCUUAUUUAUCUGACAUCUUCUGUAUUCAUUUUCUCGCACGUGCUGUUUGUUUUGUUAAAAUCCAGCGUUUGUCGUAUCAUCGAUCUCUUCUUAUUCCGCCUGGAAACAGUGUUGUCGUGGUAACUGAAGGCGGAUGCACUGACGUUGUGCAGGAUUGUUGUGUCGCCUCUUCGACGCUGACCGGAAAAGCACCUUGACUGCGUGCCUUUGGGAGAGAAAGCUUCAUGUUUCCCAGCAGCUCAUUCAGACAUUCCCGCCAGAAGCAUGUUGCAUUCACAUGUACCGUGUUGUUGGAAACAUCAUAUAUAGGCACAAAGCUCCUGAACUGUAGGAUUAUGAUCCUGUUAACGAUUAUUACUUGUUUUCUUGUAUAUUCAUUUUAUCUUAAUGUCCUUGAAAGCCAUGUAGGUUUUAUUUGUCGUUGCUUUUCCACUGUUGAUCUUCAGUGUACGAUAACACGUUUAAAGUAAAUCCUUAUUUAAUGUGGAAAAUGAAUAAAAUCAUGCCUGUGUAUGAUUCUCAUCAACAAGAAGAGCAGCCAUAUUGUCAGAUUUCUCUGCUCACCUGUGCAUUCAUGCACCAGUCACGUGUCUAUAAGGGUUAAGGUGAAAUUUCAUUAGUACUUGUUUUCUCUAACAUUUCUCUGUUGCUCCUUGGCGAACGUGCAGUGGAGGGGUAAUAAACCUUUAAUACACUUUCAACGACUGACGGGAACAGGAAAAGGAAGCACCACUCUGAGAGUGGGAGUACAGUUUCUGUAAUGCUCUAAACCGCAAGUCUGAUAUUUUGCAGAUUCAGACUUCUGAUGACUCAUGUCAUGGCACAGGUGCACCACUUACAGUAUCCUUGAUUGCUUAUUAGCACUUCCUGUUUGCGGAUUAACGGACAUUUAUUGGCAACGGGGAUACUG